GCUCUUGGGUUUCGCUCUAAGGGACGGGACAGAAAGCCGCGAAAUGGACGAUUUCCACUCCAUCUGCCUGCUCUCGCUGGCCAUGCUGGUUGCCUGUUAUGUGGCGGGGAUUAUCCCGCUGGCAGUUAACUUUUCAGAGGAGAGGUUAAAGUUGGUCACUGUUUUGGGUGCUGGGCUGCUGUGUGGAACUGCCCUGGCUGUCAUUGUGCCAGAAGGAGUACAUGCACUUUAUGAAGACAUUUUGGAGGGGAAGCAUCACCCGGCAAGUGAGGUGCAGCAUGUGAUGGAGUCGGAGAAGGUAGCAAAAAUCCCAGUUGUGCAUGAAUAUGGCCAUGAUCAUUCCAGGCUGCACGCCUACAUUGGCGUUUCCCUUGUCCUUGGCUUUGUCUUCAUGCUCCUGGUGGACCAGAUAGGCAGCUCCCAUGUGCACUCUGCAGAUGAUCCAGAAGCUGCAAGAUCAGGCAAUUCCAAAAUCACCACAACAUUGGGAUUAGUAGUCCAUGCUGCAGCUGAUGGUGUUGCAUUGGGUGCAGCAGCUUCUACUUCCCAGACUAGUGUCCAGUUAAUAGUGUUCGUUGCGAUUAUGUUGCACAAGGCACCAGCUGCCUUUGGCCUUGUUUCCUUCCUGAUGCAUGCUGGGCUGGAACGGAAUCGAAUCAGAAAACACUUGCUGGUCUUUGCGUUGGCAGCACCUGUUAUGUCCAUGGUGACAUACUUAGGGCUAAGCAAGAGCAGCAAAGAAGCCCUUUCAGAAGUCAAUGCCACCGGAGUUGCAAUGCUCUUUUCUGCUGGGACUUUUCUUUAUGUUGCAACAGUUCAUGUCCUCCCAGAAGUGGGAGGCAUUGCUCACAGCCACAAACCUGAAUCAACUGGAGGAAAAGGACUCAGCCGUCUGGAGGUGGCAGCCCUAGUCCUAGGAUGCCUUAUUCCUCUAGUUUUGUCCAUUGGACACCAUCACUAAACACUUGGAAUUCACCGUUCUCCUUGAUCUCCUUCAUCUGACCUGAGCAGUAAAUGUUGACUGCUCCCUUUGUCAUUGUCUGUCUUACCAUCAUCCAUCCCAUCUACUUUUAUGGAGUUCAGAGGGAAGCUUGACUGCAAAAUGAGGAAUACUGGGAAAGUUUUUAGUGUAGCAAAAUGUGCUCUGGCAGCCGGACAUUAAUACUGUGUAACUUUU